AUGAAGCUAAACGAGAGAUGCGUAGCUGAAUACUCUACUUCCUCUGCCCCGAUCGACAAAGAAGGUUACUUAAAUAAGAAGGGCGAAUUGAAUAGAGGAUAUCAGCGGCGUUGGUUUCUUUUGAAAGGCAAUCUUUUGUACUACUUUGAGAAGCGAUCCGAUAAAGAACCAAUUGGGGUUAUUGUGCUGGACAAUUGUCACGUAGAGUUAGCGGAAAGCGGAGAGCCGUACGCGUUUCAGAUCUCCUUUGGAGGAGAUGGCUCCAGAACUUACAUACUUGGAGCUGAUACUGCGAAGGAUAUGGAAGCCUGGAUGCGCGCUAUCACUCAUUCGAAUUAUGACUGUUUGAAAAUGAUGGUGGAGUCGUUCGAAAGCAAGUUACAGAAGUUGACAUCGGAGGAAAUUGACUUGGCCACUGCAAGCUGCAGUAAUUCUAAAGCGAAUCCUACUUCGAUCGAAAGCGUUUCCGGUGCUUCGGAUUUGGUUGGUAUUAAUAGUAAAAAGGACAAUUUAGACUCUUUUGAGGCGGUCAUGGCAAGACCUAUCUCUGAGGGCGCUGCAAAUGGUGACAUUAAAAACAGUGACGGCGUAGAUUUCGAUAAUCUACCACCCCAAAAGAGAAAAGAAGUUGUGUCAGCUUAUAACACUCAUAUCACUGUAACCAAUACAGAACCAGCGGUUGGUAAUUUAAUCAGUCUUGGUGAUGAUGACGAUGAGGAUCAAAUUCCAAUCCAAAAUGAAUUCUCACUUAAUGACAGUUUUUAUUCUAACAGUGCAGACAUAAUGCCUCUUAGCUAUUCUGAUUUGGGACAGUUGGAAGAUAUACACACAGAGCAUCUGUUGAACAAGCUAAGUGGAAAUGUGUCAAAGGAAAGCAAAGAUGAUAGCUAUUUGACAACAAGGUUAAAGCGUGAUCCUGUUCCACGAAACCUGAGGCCAAAAUCUGAGCGAAGGCGAAACAAUAUCAAUAUCCGGACUUUGUAUGGAAAUGUUGAACCUUCACGAUUUGAUCGGAGCAAGUCUAAGACUCUGCCAAGGCCUUUAUCAGAUGUGGAUACGUCUGGAUAUCAUUCAGAACAUGGUAGUAUAUUCAAACAUCUUCAUGAACUUUACAGUGCCUCAAUCUGGGUGAAAUGCAAGGAAUAUGGGAAACAAGCUAGUCAGACAACUUUGAAAUGAAAAUUAAUCGCUACAAUGUGAUAUUUGUUUACUACUGCAACAAGUCCUUGCAAAGACAGUGAGUUAUGCUGUGAUCUCUGAUUUUUUUUAGUUAGGCCAUUGAUUGCUCUUUUUUCUCUGUUUAGUAUCAUACCACCUACCCCAAUUUUUGGCUUUUUAAAAAAGAAGCAUUGCAGUUAAACCCUGAGGGGUGGGGAGUGGAGGGAAGGGGGAACCUGGGGGCUCUGCCCGAGGUCCAACCCCUUACCCUUUUAUAUACCAUUUUCACGAAAAAGGGACCCCUUUCGUUUUACCUUUUUUAGAACUUUGCAUCCCUUUUAACAGCUGUAAAUGCAGUGUCUUUUAAAUAGGAAUCAAUCACAAAAGUAGAAUAUUUUCUUGACUAUUUAAAAAAGCCAUAAAAUUCAUCUGUUAGCCCUUACCUAAAGCCUGAACAAGGAGGUGACGCCUCCCCUCAUAGGCCAUCGUAGGGAGUACCCUCCCCCCCCCCCCAGGAGUUAAACCUUUUUUUUUCACUUUAAUUAAUUCUUUUAAUCUAAAAAAAGAGUGUUGUAACAGCAUUUUGUAGCAUCUGAGAGGAGUUUCAGUGGUGCAUCUUUUUUGCCAAUAAUGUUUUGUUUUACUGGGACAUUGACCAUCACAUUUACUGCCAUUUACCUUUUAUUUUUACGUAAUGUUACAUAGUUUUCACCUCUGUACAUUUUUUGUACUAUCACAAAAAUGACAACUUCUAAUUUAUUACUCAUGUACAUGUGGUGCUUAUGUCCUUAAAGUAAAACACUAAGUUUCAAUGAAAAACUUAAAAUGACUGCCAGUUGCCAAUGGUUGCACCAGGAUUACUGGUAUUGAAAGUCUUGUUUUGCCUAUUACAUCAUCUCUUCACAUGGCUGUAAUAAUAUUCUCUGUAAUCUUAUGUUGGUCUGUUUGUUUGAAAGUCUGUAUAUUUUAGCACAGGAGAAGAGAAUUUUAACUGGUUAGGAUAAAACAAGGAUGUUAUUGUUAGUGAAUUUUAGGAAUAUUUAGCUAUUUCAGUUCCAAAUAAUGUGGUUUUAUUCUAAAAUUGUCAUUAGUAAUAAUGCUGGCCAGCUGUUUUUGAGCAGAAGCACAUACAGUCCACUCCUGAUAACUUGAACCUUUAGGGUAAACCGAAAAAAAGUUUGAGUUAGUGGAAGUUUGAUUUAUCGGGACUUCAAAGCAAAUAACUGGAAAUAAGGAAAUGGGAUGGGGAAUGAAUGCAAGUAAUAUGCACACUUUAAAGCUUGAUAAAUAAGUAAUACUGGACUCUGUAUUUAAACUGGAUUGAAAAAAAAAGUGAAGAUGGAGAAUACGUGGUUGUUAAAACAAUUCAAUGUUUCAGAAUGCUGCUCACUUUUUUUCGACUUGUCAGGUGCUUAAAGCAUGAUUUGAGUUAUUGAGGCUAAAUUUUAUUUAGAAAUGAUCAGAAGGGAAACAAAAAUUUCUUCGAGUUAGUGGGAGGUUUGAGUUCGAGGGUUCCAGUUAGCGAGGGUAAAAUUAUAGUAAAUGUAUGAAGGAAAUUCAAGGGAGAUCGAUUUUGGUUCGAGUUAACACGAUGUUUGAGUUAGUGAGGGUUUGAGUUAUCGGGAGUCAACUGUAAUGAAGUAAUAAACUUAGAGGCAUUGUAUACAGCUUGAGCUAACAUUAAUCUCUUGAAAUUAUAUUUGUAUAUUAAUUUUAAAUCAUUUGGUUUUGAAAAUAUACGUAAAUACUGAGUCUAUAGCCAGUAAGGCUGAAAAGGUACAAAAUUUUAUGUGCAGUAUCAGAUGAAACAUAGUCCAAAAUAUUAAAACUAAUUUAUGAAUAAACUGUAUAAUUUAUUUUUAAUUUUCACGGGAAGCCUAAUGCAUCCAGUGUUUGUUAUAAUAAUUAUUAACUUCUAUUUUUGUUAGAGAGAUGUUACAAGAACUUUGCCUUUGGUGCCUUUAAGUUUACCCUGUGAGCAGUGGUUUCUCCUGGCUGCUUGGAGAAACUGCUGCUCGCAGGGUACUUUCAGUUAUGCCUAUUGACAAAGAGCAGUUAUUUCAAAGUGCUUUCUAAUUCACAGGAAAAAAUAAUGGAUUCCCAUUUUUGGAUAUUUUAGGGUAUUUUUAAAGAAUACCCACAAAAAUCCCAAAUUUGGAAGAGUGAGACAAGUCCCAAUAAGGGAACUUGGUUGGGAAUUCCCCGGUUGGGACUUGUCUCACUUUGCCAAAUGUGGGAUUUUUAUGGGUAUUCUUUAAAUACCCUAAAAUAUCCAAAAUUGGGAAUCCGUUAUUUUUUCCUGUGAUUAGCUGCCUGUAAGAAUCUGCAUCCACGUACAAAUUCUCCAGACUAAUCUCAAUACAUUUCCUUAAAGAAUUGGUGAAGGGCAUUUGAUAAAAAGUUGAAGCUUUUCUGAUUUGGUGAUCAAUUUAUCAAUUCUCAUGACGUUUUCUCUUGAUUGAGCAUUGAUAUUGUUAGUAGAAAAUUGAUGAUGGUCACUUUUGGGACAAUGAAGGGUUGGCUUAUCACCAGUGUAGGAGGGAGUCAAGUUCUUACAGUCUUGUUUCCAGUAAUUAUUCUUGGGACAAAUUUGAUGAGAGAGAAUUGUAUCAAAGAAAGUGGUUAUGACCUCAAUUAUGUCCAAGAAUUAACAAUUAAUGAAUGAGGCUGAGUAUCUUAUGCAGAAUUAUGGAGAUUGAGGAGGGUGUUAUCCGUCAAGGCGGUAGGCCGGAGUGGAUAACACCCUCAGAGAUCUCCAUAAUACUUUAUAUGAUAGGAAAACAGAAUUCAAUAAUUGUUUUAUUAUUCAUUCAAAAUAAUUCCUCGUUAAAACAUAGCUAAAACAUGCUUACCUCCAUCGAUGUUAAGUUCAUGUUUGAUAGUGCAUGUUUAGGGUUGUCCAGCUCCGCAAAUAUUCUCCAGCUAUGAGAUGUGGCCCUUCGAGUUGUCUUCUUGCUGUUCUUGCCAUGUUUUUUGCCAGCCAUGACUUUGCCUAGUUCUUGCUCUUGAAACUAGUGAAAUGUCCGCCAUCGUUUUCACCACCAAAACAACUCAACCUCGUCCCUAGGUCUUCUCAGUUAAUGGUGCAUUAACCUGCAAGGAAGCUGCACUUUUGACGUCGUAGGUUGAUUAAUCGCAAAAUUCUUCCAAAUUUGUUCAUCAGUAGCUAGUUAAGGUGAGUUAUGUGUGUGCUCUUAGCCAAUCAGAAUUGGGGAAAUAUUUUAAAAGAAUAUUUAUAAUGCAUGUUAUAUUCAUGCCCUUUAUGAUAGACAUCAAACAAACAAACAAAAAAAAAGUGAUAGUUUUUUUAUUUGUAGAAAAACAAAUAUUACAUUUUACUAUUAUAUUACAUUUUCUUAACAUUACCCAGGAGCGGAGCCUCCAUCUCCCAUACAAGCCCUUGGAGUCAACCCUUUCCCGAGUAGAUUUAUAAUUAGAACGGUUCCCAGGGGAGACUUCGCGCGCCGACGGGGGGAAGAGCCAAUCACAACGACUAAAUGACACUGCUAUUGUACUUCAUGAAAGAGCAGGAAAUCCGGUGCUGACAGGCCAAACAAAAUCAUAAGCUAGUGAAACGUGACUUUAGCGUUUUCAUCCCUCAGAGAUUUUCUUUCUUUUCUUUCUAGCGGUAGAUUAUACUGUGGAGAGUUUUAAACUCUGACUAUGUUAAUCUUAAUUUUGGUUGCUUGUCUCACAUUAAGCUGGUCUGUUACAUGCGUAAGGAUUAACUACUCCCUGCAGACUGUAGUUCUGACAGGAUUCAUUUUCUUUCAGUAGCCAAUUUUUUUGAGCGUUAAGGUUCUUAUUUAGGCUAAAUGACUCAAUAUUAAUCAAAUUUCUAGUUUUUCAAGUUUUUAUCCGAAAUGCGUUUGUCUGAAUAAAUACUGUGGUUGUUUUGUCCGUCCGUUAGUGUGAUGAUUCCCUGCUAUGUUUUGUAACGCCGAGCCCAGCCAUUGUUUUCUCGCAAAAAAGUGAUCUACAGAUGCGAAUUCGAAGGAAAGAAUUGGCCUAAACUUCUACAUUAAUUGCUGAGAAUUCUCCUGUUGGUCAGUCAUAAUUCUUUGGGCGCAGAUACAAUCCAUUUUGUUUUUCUUGAGAUAAGAGGGUCUUUGGACUGGAGCGCGAUGUCACAAAUUCCACCGUUAGCAAAUUACUUUUGAGUUAGCUUCACGGUCGAGCAACUGUUGUCUUCUGUUCAACUUUUCAAGUGCCAGUUUUAUCAGGCAACUCUGUACAGGUGAGUCAGUUGUAAAGGAAGACUGCAAUUUGUCUGAAGCAUUCCUCCUUAGUAUACCUGCCAACAUUUUCUGAGAUAUAAGCGUGAGAUUUUUAUCCUGGGAGUUCUGGGAUUUUUGCAGACGACACGAUCAUUUCCGAAGAUUGCCGAAGAAGUCCGAAGUCUUCCGAAGAAGUCCGAAGUCUGCCGAAGGCGAAGUUAUCGAGAAAACGCUUAUCCACAAAAUCAGAGAUCGCGAGAAAGGUAUUGUUAUUUAUUCGUUUACACAUGGUUUUCGUUCCUUACAUGGGUCUGAGUUAACAUAUUUUUGGAAAUUUUGUCAAGCAAGACGGCAAAAACUCACAUUUUUCAAUCAGGCGUGAGAAAUUGGCCCGCAGGCGUGAGCCGGCGUGAGAUCGAAGUUUUCAACCCGCAGGCGUGAGACUCACGCCUAAGGCGUGAGAGUUGGCAGGUAUACCUUAGUUGCUACUUAGGUCAUCGCUUUUGCACACGGUGCUUAACUGGCGAAAUCCACUCCACGGCGAUGACAAAAAUAAAUGAUCCUGGCACUUUUUCGGCGCUGAUCAUCGAGAAGUUUCAAAUCGUCCACAAAACGCUUAAUCGUCGACUCUUUUCAAGGUGCAUGCUUAAAUGUGGGAUGUAUCACGGCAAAAAAAAACAAAAACAAAAACAAACACUCGCAAAGAACCUUUCCGUGAUCCCCAGUUCGCUGCCUUUGUCCCAUCGGUUCAUGCUCAGUCUCAGUCGGGUAAUUCAUUAACUUUUAUUUCAUCCCAGAUCCCAGCGGCUGUAAAACUGUAAAAAUGGACGUAUAGUAAAAAACGAAAACGGUCGAAGGACGGGCUUCUGAGUUCGACUUCAUCCAACUUCAUUUUUUUCACGGUGACAUACGAGACUCAUGGAAAUAUGACACUUUUCGCGGGAAACAAGCCGUUCUAUUUAUAAAUCUACUCGGGAAAGGGUUGACUCAAGAAAUUAAUGGAGAUAGAGGCUCCAUUUGAUGGGCUCCUGCAUUACCUUAAAAUAUAUUUUUUUACACAUAAUUUACAUCAACAAGUGUCCCCUAUACCACUGCCUCACCUAAGCACAAGCAAUUCUGUCAAACAUGAAUUUUUAGGUAAUUCUAAAUACCAUGGCGGCUAAUAUGAAGUACCCGAGGUCCGAAAUGAGUACGUUCCAUGUCAUGUGCAAGACGUCUGAAGUGACUGUUUUUCUAUCAGUAUUUUUUGGUUCGAUCCUGCAUCACCCUGCGAGCAAGAUCUACAAUUUUGGCGAGCGUGUCUCCUUUCGCGUGCGGUUCUCGCGUGAUUUCUCGCGACUUCCCCCUAAGGGAGAACUUGCUCGCAGGCUACCUCAGGACUUUCAUUAGGCAGUCAUUGUUAAAAUUGCGAAUAGUUAAGGAAAGGGCUCCAGAGAAUGAGCCCAGAAUCCAGCUCGGAGUGAAUUCCCUUAAGGUGGACACAUACCAGACUUGACUAUAUAUUUGAGGGGUGUCUUUUACAAAUUUGUCUGCUUAUUAAUUGGGCCUGAAAGCGCACCUUAUUCUCUCUCCCCCCCAUAUUUCCACCUUUUAUUUUUUCGUUUAUUGCGUCAGAAAUAAAAAUUUGUUUUCGUUAUUUAAACCAUAGUCAAUAAGUUCUUAAAAACACCCCCAAGUCUCCGUCCGGGUCCCGGCCCCCAGCGCACUCGCAGUCCGUAACUCAGCCCCACCCCCAUCCUCCACUCUCAAAUCCUGUCGGGGUGCUGUGGGGGUAUGAGACGAGAGCUCACAAAACAUCCAAGAUGGCGGACGAAGGUAAGUGAAUAUCUGCCAUAAGUCAGCAUUUUCUGUGAAAGAUCCCGCGGAAAUGUCGAGCUUACGUUUAUGGUAGAUGCAUUUACCAAGAAAAAAUUUAGAUGGGCACUCUACAAUUUUAAGAAAUCCGCGACUCGAUAGCAGGUCGCGGAUUGGCGCUAAGAAAAGAACCACCUGGUAGAUUUGUGUCCAUAUACCAGAUCAUCAAUUGAAUAUUGUAUACAAUGUUGAGUCUAAAUUGCUUGCUUUUGCCAAACAUUGUUGUUAAAUCUUGGAUAAUAUUUCCGCACAACUCCAUACCUUUAAUAUUCUUGCACCAAUUUGGGUAAUAAGCUCAAGUUCAGGUCGACACAUGUAUGAUAAUAAAUGUAUUAGACUGUGGGGAAUAUUUCGAAUUAUUAUAGAUAUCCUCUUGGAAAUAAGUAUUUUAAUUUCUAAUUUCAAAACAGACAGAAGACAAAAUGGCACAUGCCUCAAAACUGUCUCAUAGUGUCAUUCUAUAAAAUCAAACAUUUGAUGUGUUUUAAAACGUUUUAAUUAGUCUUAAUUGAAGUGAAUUGACAGUUUCUUCAGUUUUCUUUAUAAACGCAAGAAAUACAGCCAGUGAUUUGCAAGAGAUCACCCGCUGGAGCUCCAGUACUGUAGGUGCCUGGUCUUAUUUUAAGCACUAAUAGAGUCUGCGCAGGCUGCCCAUGUUUAAAGAUGUAAGAUGAACAUGGUAUAUUUAUUUGUUCAUUAUCAUGAAAAAAGGGCAAAUUGCAUGUUUAAAUAGUUUGCAGGCUAAUCUUGCGCUGCUGUCUUAAUUUGAUGCUCUCGUUUAAACAACUGAUAUUUACAUUUUAUUUUUGCAAAAAAAAAAAAUCAACACCACUUAUAAAUGGAUUUGGUCAAAUCCACCAAUAUCCAAUGAUCUUUGCAUCAUUUAAUUGAAUGAAAUCUGUUCAAUGUUGUUUUGUCUUUGAUGGCUGCAUGGCUGUGAAAAUAAUGGUAACCUGGUUUCAUAUGUCAGAAAAAUGCCAGCCAGUUUUCUAGAUUUCCCUGUUUCUCGUAUUACCAGAUUUUGCUGAUUUUCCAGGAAAACCUGGCAUCAUCAAAAUCAUCAUGAUCAACUUUCUUGAUUUUCUAAGGGUGAAGGCCAACCACCCAAGCCAUUGGGAAUAUCUGUGAUUUUGUGUUCUCAUUGGUCAGUGAAAUUUUGGAUAGUUAGGAUACAGUGAACAAGAGCUUGUUAAAGAAAAACUCUGUGCAUGGGCAGCUCUCAUCCUAAGAGAAUUAAAGUUUCUAUGGGAAAAGAAAAUCAGCAUUCAUCUAGGUUUUAGCUCAGUGUUUACUUCAGUGGUAGAAUCUGCUCAGUGGUAGACAGUGACCAAUCAAUGAUAAUAACAAGGUUGCCUAGUGUAUGGAGAAUUGACAGUUUUAUGUGACUAUUAAUAUUUUGUCAUAAUACUGAAGGUCAGGUGGCUAAGUUAGAGAGACACCUGAGCCUACUGCGCCAAGAGUAUGUCAAACUACAAAACAAGUUGAUAGACUUGGAGCAGAAAUACAGUUUGGCUGUGGCAGCAUCUGGACAGACAGGGGAACAUGACAAUACAUUCGUCAGUAAACUAUUGAAAACUGUGGCUGAACUGUUUGAUAAAGACUUAUACAGGUAAGAUCAGUUUUCUAUCCUGGUGGAAUUAUUGACAUACUUACAUUGACGUGGUAUUUUUUGCAUGCACUUCCUUUACAUGAUUAAUCACAUUAUGACUGGCUGAAAAUGAUAACAUUUGUAUAAACCAAUGUUCUGGCAAAGCUCUAGAUUUUUGUAGGAGAGGUGAUAGCAAUAAUAAAAUUUAAUUGUUAUCAAUAAAUUAUUUAUUGUCCAACAAGUAACCUUUUUAUGGGAUCUGCAUAUGACUAGCUAUAAUAUGAUUUGUUUAAUCUAUAUUUGGCUGUAUAAGAUUAAAUUUGUUGUUCUACGUAAGCUAAAUGAUGGUACAUCCACUUAAACUUUUGCAGUUUUGAAGUGGGCACAGGCCAUGCUGUACAUAGUUCAUUGUUUGCCAUAAUUGUGGGUCGUAUAUUAACUUUAUGUAGUACGUACCGGUUAAUAAAAUUACCAACCAAAAACAUUUGAAAAAUUUCUGAGAAACAGACUAAAUUCAAUAAACGCUCGGGGCAUCUAUUUAAUUUUAGGGGUCCUAGCGAAGGCAUUUAAUAGAUAGGAGGUGUUUAUUUGAGAGAUGCAUUUAUUCUCGUAACUUAAAUAAACUUAACAAAACUGAUACUGUAUGAUCUCAACAAACAUUCAGUCCAUCUGUUGUUCAAAGAGCACUCUAUCCUUCCAUUGAACUUGAAAUUGAAAACAUAAUGUACAAACCAUUGUUAAUCAAGCUAUAAAAUAAAUGAAUUGAUCUCCCAUGAUUUUGCUCUAUUUCUCUAUUUCCUAGUAUUUUGGAGCAAUUUUCAUGGGAGAGGGUGUCUAUUAGACUGGGGGUGUUUAUUAGAGAGGGGCGUUGAAUAAAAUUUCAACAGCAAUAUAGGGUUUUUUCUUAGAUAAAAGGCAUUUAUUUGGGAUCGGCGUUUAUUAGGUCAUCAAGAGUACAAAUACUUGUUUGUUAUAAAUUUGUAAAUAUUUUUUUUCUUAUUUUGUACAUAGCGACAUCACUGUUUCUUUUGCGGAUCAGAAAAUAAAGGCCCACAAAUUUGUGCUGGCAGCCCGUGGUGAUCACUGGAGCACUAGAGACUUGAAUGAGAUCAGUGAACUCCAGUUAACAGGUAUUUUGUCCCAAUAAAAAAAAAAUACGGUCAACUCUCUUAAUGAACAACUCUGAGAGAAGAUUCCUCUGUGAAAAAGACACUUAGAGCUGGUCUCUGGCUUUCUUUACUCCCUUUUUUGUCUCUCUACAAGACAGAUGUCUCUCUAAAAUGGGCACUUUACAAGUCUGGUCCCAAAUGUGUACAUCCUGGAAAGAGUUGACUCCUUUUAAAUUUGGUUUAAAUUUUACUGUACUGCACAGAUGAAACUCCUUCAUAGCCGGACCCUAAACAAUAAUUUAGAGGGCAUUUUUUAUUGUUGAUGUGUUGUGAGGUUAGUCUAGCUGUGAGGACAAGUUGGAGUUGUUUUAGGCGUGUAGUCAAUCUGGGGUCUUUUCUCCUGUCAUUUGAUAUUAAUAUUAUUUUACCUUUUCAUAAAAUAUUAUAAACACUUCAUGAAAUUAAUUUUAUGGAUAAUAAAAAUGAUGAAUGAAAGUUUCAAAAAUUCAUGUUAAUGUUGUCAAUGUUUAAUGCUCUACUUAAUUAAUGGCAUGGAAAUAAUUUCCUCUACCUUGAUCGCCUUUUCAUUUUUAGUCCCAAAUUCUCGAUUCACUCCAGAUAUUCUAGACACCAGGAAAGAACAGUGUUAUGUACUGAGGGUGGAGAUCCAUUAGUGUCAGUGAGACUGUGGAGAACCCUUGAAGUGGCCAGAUUCCUUCACUCAACCCUCUAUGUUUAGGAAAAGUAGUUAUAACACAAACAAUGUUUGCAAUGAUCACCCAAAAACUAUUUUAUUGAUCUUCCCAACUUAUGCCAUAAGGAAAAUAAUUAUAUCGAGGCCAGUAAGAAGAAUUUGUGUGUUGAUCGAUAUUGGAGACUCGGAUUCUGGCUUGUUUUAUUAAACUAUAUGUGCAUGCAUGCUGUAUGCGAUUUGCUUCAGCAUUACAUUUCUUAAAAUGAAAUUUAUAAAUUUUUUGUUUUGUGAGAUGUCAGUUCCUCAGUCGGUUUGACGUUAAUGAAGUGGGUGUACACAGACAAAGCAGAAAUUCCACAUGAUGAAGGAUUUCUUAUUGAACUGGUUAAAGCUGCCAAAAAAUACAGAUUGAAAGAGCUCAAAGAAAGGUACUGUAUUUAGAGAAACAAGUAUCACUAUAUCAGCCCCUCCCCGAAUUGUACAAUUAUAAUAUUAAGGCAGUGCCUGGUGCCUAGAUGUGGUGCCCAAUCAUGGUAAUUAUUGUUGGGCACUUAAUUAUUUCAACACACCCUUUUUGGCAAGUACCCAUUCUCAAAUUCGGGCAAGGGGCCAGUGCCCAUGUAAUGUACAAUGAACAAAACUGCUGGCAGUGAUGAAAUGUAUCAUGAUAUGUUAAAACAAUAAUAAUAUUUUAAAGAGAGUUAUAUAUCCAGUACCAGGGCUGUCAUUAAGAGGUGGGUGCCAUGGAUUUCGCUCAGCUACUAUGAACGUGACCCCCAGCUAAUUUCAUAGAUAAAUAGAAGAAAAAUAGAACCAGAAGAAACCCCUGACUGUUUGAUUUCCCAUCUAGUUGUUAUAUUUACCUGGCAACUUGAAAUCUUAGUGACAACCCUGCAGUACCCAAGGUGGGAACAUAACAGCAUUUUGUGACGGUACCCAGGCACUAGUUCUAGCGCACCAAGUGUGGACAGCUCCUCCAAAGCUUAUAAUACAGGGGAUGUACAGGCUUUUUCUUAUAGCAGGAUAGGUCAAAGGAUCAUUUUAUUUAAGAGAUAAGCUGCAACUGUAUAGCCUUAAUUUCUUGUCUCCUGUUUUAAAUUGUUUAUUUUACAAUUUCAAAGACCUUUAGUGAUUAAGUGGAUUUAGUAUGAAGUUGCAGAUCAUUUCUUAGUUAAAGCAAGAAGCAGUAAUGCUUACAGUGCUGCUAGGUAUAAUCCAAACUGCUCAACCAAGUCCUCAAUAUCAAAGGCUGUAGUUUAACACAGAAACACAAGUGGGAUGCUUGCACUUUUUUUUUUCGUGUUGUAGAAUUUGUCCAGAUCGAAGCUUAAUUGACUAUCAUAGAUUCAACCAUAAUUCUAGAUUCACAUCAUCCAAAUACUUGCUAUUAAAUGUGAUAAAGUAAAUACAAUCAUUUGUUCUCAUUCAACAAGUAAGAAACAAAACUUUAAGAGGCUCUUUGCUGAUGGUCAUCAUUUCUUUCAUCAACCUGUUUUUGAGCUAAUAGUACUUGUAGAAAUGUUUUAUUUGUUAUAAAAACUAACCAAAUGUCUCAAUCCACCAGAUGUGAGAAGAUGCUAAUGUCAUCAGUGUCUGUUUCAAACUGCAUCAAGUUUUAUCAGACUGCAGAAGAUAUUGGUGCAAAGGACCUUCAGAAAUAUUGUGCUGAAAUCAUUUCAAACCAUUGGGUGUGUUCUGAGUUUUUUAUGCCUGAUUUCAGAAUAAUAGAAAUCUUUUUAUGCCUAAUUUCAGAAUAAUAGAAAUCUUUUUAUGCCUAAUUUCAGAUUAAUAGAAAUCUUUUUAUGCCUAAUUUCAGAAUAACCUACUUCAAAAAUAAUUAACCUAUAAGGCUUAGAAAUAAUUAUUAUGACCAGCAAGUUAUUGCUUGCCAUUUACAUCACUUAUGAGAGUAGCAACGUCCGGUAGCACAUUGACAAGCUAGCAGAUUGUUCUGCUAGUUAGAGUAGUAAGUUGCCUGAUACACAUGAAGCAAAGUUUGCUACCUUUUUAGUGAGAGAUAAGUUAAUAAUAGUAUCAGGUACGUUAUCAGAACUGUUGUUGUUGUUGUCUUAAUUUGGUGUGACUUAAGAAAUGUCUUGAUCAAUAAUUAGGCUUGAUUACCAGCUGCUGUUCAGGAACUGAGGCUGUGCCCUCCCCCGCUUGGAAGGGAACGAGCCCUGACCCGUGAGAGCAAAGAAAAUUGAACCUACAUCUCACCCUGAACUCUACAAAAAUGUCAACUCAUGUUAGAAGGUCUUUUUCCAGUAAUAACGUUCUUACUGUUGAAUGUAUUUUUGCCAUUUUAGCAUGACCUUAAGACUGAAGAUUUCAGCAGCAUGAGUGCUCCACUGUUGUAUGAAAUGUUUAAAUCAAAGUCAGGAUUUCCACUACACCUUGCUGUCCGGCAUCACAGAGAAGAUGUUGUUUUUCUUUUCCUCAUUGAGUUUAACUCACAGGUGAGAAUGAAGAAAGUUGAAAACAAAGCAAUAUUAAGUCAAUUUAAAUGUUGAAGACAUUUUUUUCCUUUUUAAAUUUUCUCAUUUGAAAAUCUAUUGAAAGAAAAUUAUGCCAUUUUAAAGUGGUUGCAAGCGUGCUUUUCAUUUAAGAAUCACAAAGGUGAAGGUGUUUUGCUUGAAUGUGAUCAUAGAGACCUUGCUCCCAAGCUAAAUUAAUUGGUUCGACUUUUCAUUUUGCCUUUGGGGAAGUGGAUCCACCCUGCAGUUUAAGGGCAAGCUGGAAAUUAAAACUGUGGUUUUAUAGUACAGUCGAAACUCUCGGUACGGAUACCUCUCUAAUACGGACACCUAUCUGUUACGGACAGUUUCCUAUAUCUACCAUACUCUACUCAUACACUUUCCUCUAAAAAAAACCUCUAUAAUACGGACCCUCUCUAAUACGGACAACAGACACAAAAUCUUGGCCCUUGGGAGCAAAUUCAUACAAACUUAACCUCUUCAUUACAGACACUCCGGGACAAGGUGUCGAUAAUUUGUGGUAUAUGUACCAUUUCCUGUCGAACAUUUAAACAUUUAUCAGUCAGUGAUACCAAUACCAGAGCAUGUCUUAGGCGAAGUAUUUCAUUUUGUUCCAAAAUGCAUAUGUACAGCAUGUAACUGGGAAGUACAAUAACAUCACCCAAUUUAGAUUCAGAAAUUGAUAAGACACUGAGAGGUACAAUAACAUUAAUCAAUUUAGAUCCAGAAAUUAACAAGACACUGAGUUUUGGACUUGAUUUUACUUACCGAACUCUCUAACCUGUCGGUGGGGUCUUAAAAGUGAUGUAAUCGUAGUGACCUCUCUAAUAUGGACACCUCUCUAAUACGGACACUUCAGUCUGUCCCUUAGGUGUCUGUAUUAGAGAAGUUCGACUGUAAUCACAUGCCACAGGGUUACUAACAAGGCUUCAGAUUAUUCAUGUGUACUUUGCAGUGUAUACAUGUAACUUUCAGACUAUUUUUCCACCAUUGUGACCUCUUAUUAAAAUAACACAGAGGAAACACAUUCUGGGAGAAUACAUUUAGUAUUCUUUAAAAAAAACUACAUUAAAUGCUUUUCAUUCUAGUUACCUGGCAAACUGAAUGAACUGGAGCCUUCCAGUGGACAAGUACCUCUGCACAUUGCACUCACAGAACAACAAGAAAGCAUUGCAAAAACCUUAGUUGGUCAUGGCUGUGAUGUGAACAUGGCAGAUAUUGAUGGCCAGUGUUUGCUACACAAGGCUAUUUUGCAAGGGGAUGAGUUUUCUGCCAUAUUUCUUAUCAAGAAUGGAGCACGAACUAGCGCUGCAACACAAAGUGAACAUGUGACACCAUUACACUUAGCUGCUUCCUACAAGUGAGUGCAUAGCUUGGGCAGCCGGCAGGAAGGAAAUUUUUGGCAAAGUGCAUGAGAGAGAAGGGAGGAGAAUUUCCCUUCCCUCUCCUUUGCCUGCCCUGUGCUUUCCAUUCCCUUUCCCCUCUGAAUUUCAGCCAUUUAGGCGAGUGAGUACGCUUAAAAUCAUUUCCAAACAUGAUGUUAAUUCCUCCAAGUUCAAAACCUUUAAAUAAGGAGCCAAAAUGGUCCCUUUGUAAGAAAGUAAACCCAUUAGUUGGUUAUGAUUUAAAUCCUGGAUAAAUGUUAGCUAGCCUUCCAGAGUUCUAUCUAGGAUUUAUCAUUUGGGGGAGAAGUCCUGAGUGGCUGAAGGCCACGAGCUUCCUAGGGGAUCCGGGGGCAUCCUCCUCCAGAAAUUUUUUGAAAUGAAUAUGCACUGAGAUGCAAUCUGGUGCAAUUUGAGACACAAUUUUGAGAAAUGUUACAGUGUGUGCACUGACCUCGUCACGUCUGGAUGAUUUUUCCGAUAUAGUUACUUUUAUAUGCUGUAGUAAUAACAAUAUUUUUGGGGUGGAAGCUGGGCCUUUUUUUGGGGGGGGGGGGGAGCUUCUUCCCCUCAAAUAACCUAGAUAGAACCCUGCCUUCAGCAUCUUGGCCCAAGUUUGCAGUUAAAGGAGAUUACUAUGAGCUGUAAUUACAUUGAUAAUCUUGUGCUGUGCACAGGCCUUGGUCUGCAUCUGCCACUUCUGAACCAAGCAGUUCCCUUACAAUGACUUCAUCAGAAGGAAUGGCACGGAUUGCUGAGUUGCUGCUACAAAAUGGUGCUAAUGUUGAUGCACAGGACAAUGCAGGAAGGUAAGCAAGUAACCUUUGGAUUUUAUGAGUAAUAGCAUAAAUGCUCGAAUUUGCGCCCCCUUUAAGGAAGCAUUCCAGUUGUUUUUUUGAGGAAAUGAUGUUGAUUUGGGGAGGGUAUCAAUAAGGGGUAGAAAAGUUAUACAGAUAAACUACAAUCAUGGACAAAAGUCUUGGAACACUUUCGCAUUUCUGGGGUGUUUUCCAAUUCAAACAGAUCCAACCCCUCCCCUCACCCCUCAAACAAUGUUGGACGCGUGAAUCCAGAAUUUUUUCCGUGUUUCAACUUUGUGUAGGGUUUGGCGGAGGGAGAACUGCAAGAAAAUUUUCAAGAUUAUGCACUGUUUUAAGAGGGGACCGAGAAUGACAGAAAAAUAUGAAUAAUGCAGUACUGUCCCAAGGAAUUUUGUCCAGACUCGUAGUUAGUCCGCUAAUGGGAUCAGAGGCUCCUUGUUGUGGUGGUGGACUGUCUGGUAUUUGUCUAGUCUAAUUGUUCACCUCAUAUUUUAAUUUUUAACAACCUCCAAAUCCAACAUUUUCCAACUUUCCAAAAUUUUAAACAUCCCCCCUUAAUUUUUAUUCUUUAAAAACAUUCAAAAAAAAUCAUCCAAAACUUUUCAAAAAAUUAUUGAACCGAGAACUCCAACUUAAUUGGGUCAUUUUUUGAUUUAAUGAAAUAUUGGCCAGAUAUUUGAGAAAAAGGGCGUUUUAGAUGAACAUUGGAAAAAAUCAACUAAAAACAAUGCUUUAAAAAAAAACAUACGGCCCCAAAAUUGAUCGAUUUUAGCGAAAUUUGCCCAAAUAAAUAGCCCUCCCCGAUUUUCCUAAAAUUUUUUCGCUGAAAAUAUUAUAUAAGUGCCCCGGUCGAAUAAGCGCGAUUUUUCCUAAUUGCCCCUUAAAACACCGAAAUAUCAGAAGCCCUGAAUAGCCCUCCUUUUCCUUAGUGCCCCUUAAUAUACUGUAUAUAUAUACAGUAUGUUCAUCUUCAAUUCUUACAGUGCAAAAUACACAGAAUGACCUUUUUUUUCGGUCGAAUUUCAAAGAGUCGGUUCCGUUGAUAUUUUUAGUGGCAAAACUUGGUUACACCAGACCGUUCCAAGCCAAGAAUGUGUACCACUUAUACAACUUUGGGAAAACGCUGGAAAAUAUGUUCUAGUUUUCUUGUUUUAAUUUUGUUACAGUUUUUGUUCAUUUGAAAAAAAAAAAAAAAAAAAAAGACAUACGUUAUCUUGUGGCGAAGAUUUUCAAGAAUGAAAAAAGGACCUUCUUCUUAUUGCAAAAAAUGAAAUUUAAGCGCCUCUGGCGCCUAUUCGAGUUUUUAGCGCCGGUACUUGUUUUGUCAACUAUAGCUUCAAUGAAUAAUCUCGAAGAUAAACAUUACGUUUUUUUUAUUGAUUUUAGCUUUUGUUUUUCAGAACUGCUCUACACAGAUCCAUUGAAGCUCAAAAUGACGCUGUUUUGCAUGUCCUACUUCAGAAAGCCAAGUGAGUGUGUAGUCUAAUUGGAAAUUUCACCUGUCCAAAUUUUUAAAGUCAUUUCCUUGAAUUCUCUGUAAGUCUCGAAGCUGCACCGUAAGUACCAAAACCAAAAGCUCUAACCUACUUAUUUAGUCCACCGAGAAAGGUGGCCGCAAAACUCGGACCUGAAGAGUAUUGGAACAGCUUUGAACGCAAAGAGUGAAAACUGGGUACAUUAUCUUUAAUUUGAUUAACUUUAAUCCCCCGACUACUUCUUCAUAACCAGCUAGCACCUUCGAGGUCUCCAUCUGGGGAUAUCGUGAGAAGUCACGCGCGCGCGGCACGCGGAAGGAGAGUCGAGAGCGAUGGGCGGCAUAAGAAAGGAAAGCUUGCAACGAUCUCUGAUACUUUUUCCUUUCCUCUGCCAGUCGCGGCUCUGGUGCUCGCUGUCGAGUUCCCUCAAUGAUCACCUUGUUGACCACAUAAAAUGGGGAACCUCAGCGUUCGCAGGUUACACUAAAUGAAACUGUGGACCUCCAAAUCCAUAGGAAAAUAGUAGCUUUCUCUUGCAUUUGGGGCGCCUUUGAGCCUCUUCUUGUAAAAAACUGGAGUAGAGAAUUUUAUUUGUAAGAGACAGUUCAAUUGGUUUCAGACUCAACCUUGAGCUACGAGAUAACGAAGGUCGGGUUCCACUGUGGCUGGCAUUGUCACGUGACACAAAAGUUGAUCCACUGGAUGAAGACAGUCUGGCGGCCAAGCUGGUAAAACACGGGGCAAGUCCUGAUGCAGUCAAUAAUAUCACUGGUCAGUAGUCUUACAAUCACAUGCACUCAGAUAAAAAAUCCUAUAUAUUUCUUUGUUUUCUAUAAUCCACGUGAAAAAAAGCAUUUAAAGUGAAACAAUGAACCUCAGUGUUCAAUGUUCAAUGUUUAAAUCGUGAUUUACCCUUUACAAAAGUUUUCGGAAAUUCUUGUUGGUUAGUAAAUGGGUGUUACCAGAUUUUUCGGGUCGUUCAAGUGGAAAAUCUCGAGAGGUAAUGGCACGUCUGAACAGGUAGUCCUGUUUCCCGGUCGGAAUGUACCAAACGGAAAUUUGUGUUCUAUUUCUUGAAAGCCAUCUUUCAUACCAGUUUCAGGCUUUCGCGGCCGUUUUUGGUAAAUGGGACCGAUUGGUGCAAAUGGUAAACGUGAUUUCUAGGUCAAAUCCUCGGCCACGCUUGUAAAUAGCUAGCUUGUUGCCUCCUGCUAGUUAGGGUUUUCAAUCUUGUUAUAUGAUGUUUUAGUAUUUACCAAAUCGGUGAAUAGCAGUUUUCGCGCGUUGUGAUUGUCUCCCAUAACGCGGAAUAUCUUUGGCUAUUCACUAUUUUGCGACCGGAGCCAAGAUGGGGUCUCGUUUGGAGAAAUUUUCGGCAGACGAAAUUUGAGCGAUAAAUGAUCCAGUCGUACAAACAAAAACCAAAAAAGCGACGAACUUUGGCUUGUCAGUAUUUACUGGUUGGUAGAAAACUAUUUUCAUGCUGAAUUUGCAACAAACUCGUAAAAAUGCACUUGACAAAAUCCCCGAAAUCUUUGUAAAUUGUAAACAAACUUCCCACUAAGUGACGUUUUUAAUUUACAAAAAUUUACUUUUUUUCAUUUUUAUCCAACUGAUUUGGUAAAUACUAAAACAACUGUCCCCCUUAGAGUCGGUGAACAGAGGUAGAUGUAUACUUCGACGAUUCGCGUCUCCAUAUAUAGUCACCGCUAUUCACCUCCCCUUUGGGGGAUAGUUGUAUACUAUUUGGAAUAUUUGUUUCUAGUUAUUUGAAUGGAGUGCCUGUAAACUAGCUGGCAAGCUAAGUGCAAUUACCUCUAAAAAACGCUCUAUCUGAACGGGAUUCGGAUUACUUCUUUCGAGGAAAACGCAGCUUUAGUGCUCAGAAUCAGAACCUUCGUUUUCAGAAGGAGAAACUUCAACAUGUAGGUUUGGUUAACAGUUUUGUUUACGCCCCUCUCAGUCUCUAUUUCGUUUUCAGGUGAUUCAUUGCUGCACAUGGCGGCUGCAUGUGGUCGCGAGGAAGCCGGCCUGUUCUUAGCGUCACAUGGAGCCCAACCUAAUCACACAAACAAAAAUGGUGAAAUGCCUUUACACGUUGCCGCUAGAAAGGGGCUCUCUAAUCUCGUCUCCCAACUUCUUAAUAAGUAAGUGUUGCUGGUAUUUGUAUCUGUUUAACGCAGAAACAAGAUUUUGCGGGUGACUCUGGGUUCCAAAGGUGUAUGCUGUCGAUCUUCUGAUGCAUUCCGAAAGUUUGUCAUUUUUACACUUCCAUGUGGUCUACAUAUGGUUACUAACGAGAAGAAUUUCUGAGGAUUUUGUUCUCUUUAAUUUGGGGACAAGCCUUUUUGACAGGAGGGGUGGGCAGUAGAAAAGGUUAUCUUCAUUAACUGUAGAGACCUUGUUCAUUUAUGACGGCAGUUGAAUUACAUGGAUCAUUCACCCUUGGGGAGCAAGGGAUGGCGCAGCGUUGAGAGCUCUCGCCUCCCACCAAUGUGGCCCGGGUUCGAACCCCGGUAUGGGCGCCAUAUGUGGGUUGAGUUUGUUGUUGGUUUUCUCCCUUGUUCCGAGAGGUUUUUCUCUGGGUACUCCGGUUUUCCCCUCUCCUUAAAAACCAACACCUCCAAAUUCCAAUUCGAUUUGGAACGCACGGACACAUUCCAACGAGUUCUUAAAACUCCUGACUGCUCCGUGGCUAAACAAAUUACACUGAGUUAUUUAUUUAUUUGUCCAUACUUGCCUCGUUAGCGUUUGUAAAACUCCUGACAACUUGUACUUUAAAUAAAACCACUAAAUGUCAUUACCAUAAAGCAAACUGAAGAAGAUUGCACAGGUGAAAAAGAAGUGUGCUUGGAUUUCUAACCAGGGUAGCUUCAAGCUCUCAGUAAGCUAUGUAGAACAGCGUCUGUGGAGUACAGUUACCAAAUGUUCUAUCUUUUUUUUCGUCUCUUUUUAGUGGUGCAAACCCAAAUGCCCAGACGACAGAGACAGAAGAAAUGAAAGUCAAAGUCGUAGAAAGAGCCCAGGCAAGGGAGACAGCAAAGAAAGAAGCUCGACAAAAAGCCGUGGAAAAGUUCUUUGAAAUCCAAACGGCCAAGGCAGCGGAGAGAGAAAAAGAACUUGAACGGCAAAAGAAAGGCGAGAAAUUACCAUCGACCCAAGCUAAACCAUCGCCUUCGUUUUUUUCAAGCAUCAAGUCAAAUAAAAUGAAUUCUUUUGAGCAGGAUUUGGGUCAUAGCACCAAUCCAUUUGAUGAAGAUAGUAGUAAUCCGUUCCUUGAUGACAUCAAAGCAGCCUCUGUCGCCGCCUCUGUUUUAUCGUUUGGUGGAAACCCUUUUGAGGAUCCUCCAAGUUUGGGUGAGUCGAGUAAAGCCGUCUCAUGGUAGCCAAGAAACAAUUUUUGGUAUAUUUAAGUAAUCAGCAAAAAUUGCCAUGUAGUACGUGAACUGACGGAAAACUCAAACUAAAGCCGCGAAAGGAGAAAAAGAAGCGAAGAAACAGUGGAAAUCUAAUCUGAGUGCAUUUUUUUUGGCAGUGAAACCUUCUGCAGCACCCUAAAGGCAGAAGAUACCGUAAAAUUCUGAAAAUAAGCCCCUCCAUGUACUAGCGCCUCCAAAUAUUAGCCCCCCCCCAAACCCGUAACGCAAAAAACCCUCCGUUAAAUCGCCCCUCCAAAUAUAAGCCCCUCAAAAAGGGCCUUUGAAAAAUAUAAGCCCUGGGGCUUAUUUUCGGAAUUUUACGGUAAGACAAAAGGCAAAUGAUAUUUUCUGCACCAGAUGAAAAACUUAUGGCUUUGGUUUCUAUCUGAACCAUUCGAAUACGUUUUAUAAGUGUGCGGGAGACAUUUCGUGCCAGUCCAAAGGAUAAGUACAUGUAGAACAUGUCUUUUAAGUGAAUCCGGUUAUAAAGGCUGGUUUUCAUAUAAUCACGACGAUCGUUCAGAUCGCUGGACUUUUUUCGGUGAUCGUAGUUGAAAAGAGCCUGCGUAGCGGACGUCGAAAGGGGGAGGGGAUUGAAAGGAAGGGGAAAAUGGAGGGGGAGUGGGGUUAGAGGGUUUUUUCCCCCUCCCCCUCCCCUUCCCCUUUCUGCGCCAGCCACACAGGCGAAGUUAAAAAUGGUUUCUGAGACAGUAUUUUUUUUUAAGAAACCAGCUCAAUGCCAGACACCUUUUCAAGAGAAACCAGUACAGUAGCAGCCUCUGAUUCCGACACUGCUCAGACGCCAACAGAAGACACGAUCAACAAUCUUAUUGAAGAUUUUCAGCUUUAUCAGGAUCCCUACCUUACAGUUGUUAUAACAGAGUGCCAUGGACGGACUCCACUUCACAUCGCUGUAUCUGAUAAACACGAAGAUGUUGUCAACUGUUUUAUAGAUUUCCAAGGUAGGUUUUAAUGGUUUUAUUUCUGCACAUUUUGUUCGUACUCGGUGUUUCUGCAAUAAGUCGUCAUGAUGAUGAUGAUGAUGAUGAUGAUGAUGAUAAUGAUAUUCCUUCUCCUCCUCCUCACUGGAAGUAUUUUGAAUGUUAUAUUUGCCUUAUCUUUUAAGUUUCGUUUCCUUUUCGUUCAUGGGGUCAGUGUUAGUCUGAUUUCACAGUGUUCUUACUAGAAUUUCGUACACUGAGGUCCAUAGGACCCAUAGAGAAGCAGAAGCUAAAAGGGAGUCAUGAGGGAGAAAAGCGGGUCACAAUUUUUAGACAGUUAACUCGACGUUUUCACAGGUCUGAGUCUUAGAUAAUGAUGAUUGUUUUUUAAGACGCCUUAACCAAUUAAAUUUUGGCUUCUAUUAUGAGGAAAUGUACGUAUGUGUACGUUUGUUUACGUACGUUUUGUAAUACGUUUUUUAUCCUUCUUUGCGCCCUUGGGACCCCUUAGGCUAAUUAUCGCGUGGCAUUUCCCGAAAAAGUGCGUCAAUGCCGCAAUGCCGCGGUCUGGUAAGAACACUGAUUUCAGUGUCCAAAUGGUUGUUUUCCUGUUUUGAUCUUUCCAUUCUUGUCGUCCUUUUAACCUGUGUUUGUGUUUAACUCAAGAGUUUACUCUAAAUUUUUUAAUAUUUUUAUCUUGGCCUUGUUAUAUGUGCGACUUGUUUCGGGUUGCUAAUAGCGUUUUUAUUUUUCCAUUGGUUUGUGACCUCUGGUCAGUGGUAAGCCUGUGCCUGUAGUUAUACCGAAUAUUGCUCUCACCGAGUUUACCUUGUUUUUGCUCCUACGGACAGCUUACCCAAACAUGUCACAGUUUCUACAUUGGGUUUAUAUUGGACUGAAUGUUUCAUUUGUCAGGUUGUCUGGGUAGAGGUGGUCGUCUUCCCAUUGUACCAGACUUCAAUCUAUCCGAUAGUGAGGAGCAAACUGCACUGGAGUUAGCCCUGUGUACAGGACAAAUGUCCGUGGCCAGCAGGUUGCUGGAGGCUGGGGCGAAUAUUGAGGUACAAACCACCAGCGGACUAACACUUCUUCACAAGGCGAUAAGAAGAGGUGACAAUGCUGCCGCGCUUUUUCUAUUGGAAAACGGAGCUGAUAUUAAUAACAGGUAUUCACCAGGGCCCGCUUAUCCCAGCACUCAAACCUCGCUUUACGGACACCCGCUUAAUACGGACACCUCAUUAUUACGGACAGUUUGCUUUGUCCCUGGGGAAAGGAAGCCCUUACAUUUUCUCUAAAGUCAACCGCUUAAUAGAGACACCUCAUUAUUACGGACAGUUUUCUUUGUCCCUGGGGAAUGAAAGUCCUUACAUUUUCUCUAAAGUCAACCCGCUUAAUAGAGAUACCUCAUUAUUACGGACAACAUGCUUUGUCCCUGGGGAAAGGAAGCCCUUACUUUUUCUCUAAAGUCAACCCGCUUAUUACAGACACCUCAUUAUUACGAACAGUUUUCUUUGUCCCUGGGGAAAGAAAGUCCUUACAUUUUCUCUAAAGUCAACCCGCUUAAUAGAGACACCUCAUUAUUACGGACAGUUUUCUUUGUCCCUGGGGAAUGAAAGUCCUUACAUUUUCUCUAAAGUCAACCCGCUUAAUAGAGACACCUCAUUAUUACGGACAGCAUGCUUUGUCCCUGGGGAAUGAAAGUCCUUACAUUUUCUCUAAAGUCAACCCGCUUAAUAGAGACACCUCAUUAUUACGGACAGUUUUCUUUGUCCCUGGGGAAAGGAAGCCCUUACAUUUUCUCUAAAGUCAACCCGCUUAAUAGAGACACCUCAUUAUUACGGACAGUUUGCAUUGUCCCUGGGGAAAGGAAGCCCUUACAUUUUCUCUAAAGUCAACUCGCUUAAUAGAGACACCUCAUUAUUACGGACAGUUUGCUUUGUCCCUGGGGAAAGGAAGCCCUUACAUUUUCUCUAAAGUCAACCCGCUUAAUAGAGACACCUCAUUAUUACGGACAGUUUUCUUUGUCCCUGGGGAAAGAAAGUCCUUACAUUUUCUCUAAAGUCAACCCGCUUAAUAGAGACACCUCAUUAUUACGGACAGUUUUCUUUGUCCCUGGGGAAUGAAAGUCCUUACAUUUUCUCUAAAGUCAACCCGCUUAAUAGAGAUACCUCAUUAUUACGGACAGCAUGCUUUGUCCCUGGGGAAUGAAAGUCCUUACAUUUUCUCUAAAGUCAACCCGCUUAAUAGAGACACCUCAUUAUUACGGACAGCAUGCUUUGUCCCUGGGGAAAGGAAGCCCUUACUUUUUCUCUAAAGUCAACCCGCUUAUUACAGACACCUCAUUGUUACGAACAGUUUUCUUUGUCCCUGGGGAAAGGAAGCCCUUAUAUUUUCUCUAAAGUCAACCCGCUUAAUAGAGACACCUCAUUAUUACGGACAGUUUUCUUUGUCCCUGGGGAAAGAAAGUCCUUACAUUUUCUCUAAAGUCAACCCGCUUAAUAGAGACACCUCAUUAUUACGGACAGUUUUCUUUGUCCCUGGGGAAUGAAAGUCCUUACAUUUUCUCUAAAGUCAACCCGCUUAAUAGAGACACCUCAUUAUUACGGACAGCAUGCUUUGUCCCUGGGGAAUGAAAGUCCUUACAUUUUCUCUAAAGUCAACCCGCUUAAUAGAGACACCUCAUUAUUACGGACAGUUUGCUUUGUCCCUGGGGAAAGGAAGCCCUUACAUUUUCUCUAAAGUCAACCCGCUUAAUAGAGACACCUCAUUAUUACGGACAGUUUGCAUUGUCCCUGGGGAAAGGAAGCCCUUACAUUUUCUCUAAAGUCAACCCGCUUAAUAGAGACACCUCAUUAUUACGGACAGCAUGCUUUGUCCCUGGGGAAAGGAAGCCCUUACAUUUUCUCUAAAGUCAACCCGCUUAAUAGAGACACCUCAUUAUUACGGACAGUUUUCUUUGUCCCUGGGGAAAGAAAGUCCUUACAUUUUCUCUAAAGUCAACCCGCUUAAUAGAGACACCUCAUUAUUACGGACAGUUUUCUUUGUCCCUGGGGAAAGAAAGUCCUUACAUUUUUUCUAAAGUCAACCCGCUUAAUAGAGACACCUCAUUAUUACGGACAGUUUUCUUUGUCCCUGGGGAAAGGAAGCCCUUACAUUUUCUCUAAAGUCAACCCGCUUAAUAGAGACACCUCAUUAUUCCGGACAGUUUUCUUUGUCCCUGGGGAAAGGAAGCCCUUACAUUUUCUCUAAAGUCAACCCGCUUAAUAGAGACACCUCAUUAUUCCGGACAGUUUGCAUUGUCCCUGGGGAAAGGAAGCCCUUACAUUUUCUCUAAAGUCAACCCGCUUAAUAGAGACACCUCAUUAUUACGGACAGCAUGCUUUGUCCCUGGGGAAAGAAAGUCCUUACAUUUUCUCUAAAGUCAACCCGCUUAAUAGAGACAUCUCAUUAUUACGGACAGUUUUCUUUGUCCCUGGGGAAAGAAAGUCCUUACAUUUUCUCUAAAGUCAACCCGCUUAAUAGAGAUACCUCAUUAUUACGGACAGUUUGCUUUGUCCCUGGGGAAAGGAAGCCCUUACAUUUUCUCUAAAGUCAACCCGCUUAAUAGAGACACCUCAUUAUUACGGACAGCAUGCUUUGUCCCUGGGGAAAGAAAGUCCUUACAUUUUCUCUAAAGUCAACCCGCUUAAUAGAGACACCUCAUUAUUACGGACAGUUUGCUUUGUCCCUGGGGAAUGAAAGUCCUUACAUUUUCUCUAAAGUCAACCCGCUUAAUAGAGACACCUCAUUAUUACGGACAGUUUGCUUUGUCCCUGGGGAAAGGAAGUCCUUACAUUUUCUCUAAAGUCAACCCGCUUAAUAGAGACACCUCAUUAUUACGAACAGUUUUCUUUGUCCCUGGGGAAAGGAAGCCCUUAUAUUUUCUCUAAAGUCAACCCGCUUAAUAGAGACACCUCAUUAUUACGGACAGUUUUCUUUGUCCCUGGGGAAUGAAAGUCCUUACAUUUUCUCUAAAGUCAACCCGCUUAAUAGAGACACCUCAUUAUUACGGACAGCAUGCUUUGUCCCUGGGGAAAGAAAGCCCUUACAUUUUCACUUAAUUCAACCCGCUGAGUUCGGACACUUUCUAUGGCCCCUCAGUGUCCGUAUUAACGGAGUUUUACUUUACUUUCUUUUUGUCAACGGAAGUUCAAGUUUUUAGAAUAUAAAUUUUCAUAUUUUUAAUUUCAUAAUGAUGGUCUUAAGUUUCGGCAAUACGGUCCUGCACGUGUCCCUAGCCUCCGAUCCCACGCCAACCUACUUGAAGGAACGGGUAACGAAGACAUAAGAACGUUUGCGCAGGAGGCUAUUUUUUCCCGGACUCUGCGCCAGUUGGAUGAAUUUCCGUGUCUUCGAACGUCGGGCGGGUCGCAUGGCUCUUGUAAUCUUGGAUUGGGUAGAAUUUCCUCAGCUUGAAUUGGUUUAUGUUAAUGAUUAUUUUGACGUAAACAGGUAAAAACUAGUCUCCAUUAUUUUUAUCGUGUUCAGGCCAGAUUGCAUUUUUCUGUGAGCACGUCGUGUUUGCUGUGACUGGCGUGAUGUACUAGUAAAAACAUGUAGCUUUAGUGUUUCUAGUUUUUUUGUGAACUAGAACAACCAAUUCUACCUUCCACGUCUCAUUAUUUUGUUAUUUAGAACCAAAAAGAACAAAACACCACUCCAGCUUGCAAUCCAGUGUCACCUGCAGCCCGUGGUAGAAGCUCUUUGUAAGAAAGGAGCAGAUUUGAAUGGCUGUGAUGAGAAAAAUAAUUGUCCAUUGUGGGUGGCUUUGAAGGGUGGACAGCAAGAUAUCGCAUCCACCCUGGUGAGUUAAAGUUUUUAAAUCUGAUUUUCCUCAUUUCUGGUCAAUAGAAAAACCUACCACAGUUUUGUCAGUGUUGCUGAAGAGCCAUACGUUUCCUUUUAGGUUUUGGCAAUACCAUCGACCGCUACAACGAACGAACACUUUUUUCGAUAAUUUUGGGCUGUCUUGAUUUGCAGUAUCCUCCCUGAGGGUGGAUUUCCACUGUCGCGAAAUUUUUACUUGCAUACGCGUAGAAAUUACGUGCGUAAAUAAAAUGGAGGCAAUUUAUGAAAGGUCGCGCGUAAAUCUAAAAGUUGAAACUCGCUCAACUUUUACUUUCACGCGCGACAAGUAAUACGUUGCCUCCAUUUUAUUUACGCGGGUAGAAUUUACGUGAGAACGGACGUAAUUAAACACGCGAUAUGUGAAAUCCACCUUUACCCUAGUGUACGUUUUUAUAUCUCUUAGUGGAUAUAUAAGAGACCCGCAAAAUCCUUUCAUUAUCUUAUAUAACAACAAACUAUUAUUUUCGUUAUUUGUCAUUAGGUGAGGUAUGGAUGCGACACAGACGCGUGGAAUUUGGGUCCUAAUGGUUGUACCCAGUCCCUUCUGCAUCGUGCAAUCGGAGAUGGUGACGAGCCUUCAGCGUGUUUUCUUAUUCGAAGUGGCUGUGAUAUCAAUAGGUAAAUAUGUCAGUGCAAAUACAGUGCUGGUCAGUGCGGAAGGGCCGCGUUAGGAAUAGCGCUUGGCUGCAGAGCGGGAGGUCACGGGUUCGAUUCCCGUUCCGGACCAAUACUCAAGGCCUUUAAAUAACUCAGUUAGAAUUGAAGAUAAUGUCUUUUACCUGCAAACGGCUAGGCCUUCGCGUGGCUUGGGUGACCACGUAGAAAUGGCGGGCGGUCCCGUUUCCAGUUGUAGACGUAAAAAACGAGCCUCAAUUAGUACUUUUUUGCUAAAUACAUUGACACUCAAAUGAAGUGCUUUCUUACAAAAGUGAACAUGAUCUUUGCAGUAGAAUGAACAACCUAAGUGGUUGAAAGAGAACCUGAAAAAAUUCAGACUUGACCAGGAAUGGAACCCUGACCUUUGCAAUAACCGGACGCAACGCUCUAUCCAUUUAGCUAAUCAAGCCAACUAGAGAGCAGGCCAUUGUUCGUAAUAUACCCGAUAGUUCCACCAUCAGGGUUCGAUUCCUGGUUAAACUUAAAAUUUUCAGGUUUUUUUUUUCAACCGCUUAGUUCUUUCUGCGAAGAUCGUGGUUGGGAGACAGGCAACCUCGUUCGGUUAUUCUCUCCUACCCGUUCCAACGGAGCUCCGUAGGGAUGGGUAGGAGAGAACUUUGGGAACGAGGUUGCCCGUCUCUUCUUAAAGCUAUUUUCUGGCACUAGAGUCCAUUUGUAAGUUCCAUCAGUGAAAUCAGUGGGUUUAAAAUCCCUGCUUGUAAGAUAUUCGCCCAACCUCCUCUAUUCUCGGUUGUUUUCCAGUCCCCGACGGCCUGGUCCUGACGGCGAGGGAGGUGUGGAAGCCUGGGAUGGAAUGACUCCUCUUCACUUAGCUUGUGAAGGCGGUUUAGAUAACGUGGUGCAAACGCUAGUGGAACAUAAAGUCAACGUCAACAGCAAGGUUUGUCAUCGCUUGAAAAUAGAAAAAAAAAAAAAUUCUGCAAUGUAUGAUCUACGUAUGCAGGCCUUAUAGACACGUGACUGCCUGUCAGGGCAAUAAGGGCAGUUUCCGGGAUGGAAAUUCACCAUUUCGUUGUUGUGAUUUCUUAAAUAGCAGUAUACAAAGAAAUAUAUAAUUUUAUUAUUGACGAAAGGUCCUACCUUGCACGAAUCUCCUGUAGCUAAGUGGCAGAGCGUAUGGACUGGUAACCAAAACUCCUGUUGGGAGAACUCGGAGUCCUUUUUUGCGAGUUGAAACAUGUUUGGUCCAGUUUUGAGUUCUCCGUGGCCGCUGAAUAGAAGCCCUGAAAUAGUAUUUUUACAGAGUUAGCCUCCAUUUAAAGAAAUUUACUGUAUUCAGAAGUUGCAGCGAGAGGAAGACCUGAUUAGAACGCUGUCUAUUUUUUUUUUCAAGGGUAAAUCCCUGCGGGUAUUUGUGAAUAUUUUAACCUAGGUUGAGGAAUAUCCUGUACCAAUGGCAAUGCGUCUCUAGUGCUUGUACGAACUAUUCAGCGGUAAAUUUAAACACGAAUUAGUACUAUCCUCGUACAUUAUAUUUCGUUGCGCGAGAUAGUGGUUUGCCAUUUGUUAUCUGUAUAUUUUAAUGAUUGUUCCAGGAUUCCGAAAGUCGCAGUCCAAUACAUAUCGCCAUCACUAGCAAACAUCCUAUCGUCACCAGGCUCCUACUCAGUCAUCCUGAGUUGAACAUGAACGUCACGGACCGCUCAGGACAGACACCAUUCGCAGUGGCGCUGAGAACACGUGAUCAUGAAGCCGCAGGCGCAAUUCUGGCACGUGAACCAGGCGCUGCUGAGCAGGUGAUUUUAUAGAGAAAUUUUUAGCGGUAGCUGUAUAAGCGCCGUUUCUCUGGAACCAUUUAAGUGAAAGAUACCAGGUGAACAUUGACAGCUCCCAGGAGUUUUACCCCUGGGGGUCCCGAUUGUUCAAAAGGUAGAUAGUGCUAUCCACCGGAUAAAUUUCUAUCCAGUGGAUAGCGAGAUUUGAUUUCGAAAUUCUCGUCCACUGGAUAGUGAUUUAUUCGGUGGAUAACACUAUCCAACUUUUGGGCAACCGGGUGCCUGGACUAAAAAAGGUUUACCGCAACGUCCCCUGUAGCCCAUCCCGAUUGUAAGGUACCCGUUAAUAGACCUUCAGGGUUUGAAACUAGUUGUUUCUGUUAAAUAAUAGAACAAAGGAGUUGUGGCACAACAUCUCCACUGUGGAAAUUACUAAAAAAGAUAAAGAGAAAGAAAAUUUGAGCACACUAUCAGUAUCUUCUGCCUGAAGUUGUUACUCUAAGGAUAUUUGGAUCAGUAUGUGUGGUGUUUCAAAUUCAACAAGUUUGUUGAUUUCUAAAGCAUGACGUAAUUAUCUGGGUCAACAGAUUAGCAAACCUAUGUACAUGAUUGAUCGAAACGUAUGGUGGUCGUUUUUGACGUUCAGUAAUGAGAAGUUAAAUGUGGGGCGUGUUCCAAAUUCCAAUCCCCUGACCACUGUCUCGUCGUUGUCACACCUUAAAUGGCUGUAGAACGAAAGACAAAAACUAAAAUACUUUUUCAAGCAAGAUUUGGUUAGUUUAACCAAGCCUGAUUAAGCAGCCGAAAUUUCAUGACGCCACCACUGUUUCCCGACAAAAUGACGUCAGAGAAACGAGUGCAGAAAUUCCAUACUGAUGACUUGUCACUACCCAGAUCCGGGGUACUGCUUCUGAUUGGCUGAAGCAAAUUUUCUGCGCGGCACUGAACCAAUCAGGAGCACUAUCUAGACCUGGGUAAUUGACGCGUCAUCGGUAUAGAAUUUCUACGCUCGAAACUCUGACGUCAUUUCGCGUGGAAACCAGAGUUGACGUCGCGAAAUGGGGGCUGUUUUCUCGGGUUAAGAUUAACCGUAUGCUGUUUUCAUUAUUUUCAGUUUGAUUCCAAAGGCCGUAACUUUCUUCACUCAGCCAUACAAAAUGUUGACGUAGAAACCGUGUUGUUUCUCAUCGGCGUCUCAGCAAAUGUUAAUUCUCGAAUUCAGGACUCUUCUCACCGAACUCCGCUGCAUUUGGCUGUUAACGCAGGCUCAGAGAUUAUUGUCAGGCAUUUGGUAAGCUGUUAAGAUUUUCAAGUUUGAUUCAGGAUUUCAAAACGCUCUGGGAAGUGAUAGCAUGUGUGAUAGAUGUAUCCUCGUACUUGCGACUUAUUGGGUUAAGGACUGGCUAAAUCAGUGAAAGAAACAAAGUUUUAAGUUACAAUGCAUCGCGUCAAACAAUUUGCAACCCAUAUUUUCUUCAUAAGCAUCUCAAAUGGGGUGGCGCGAACUUUUGAUAUUCCAAUCGGAAUUUUCGGUUUCCCCAUAUUAAAGGCAAGAAGCUACCAAGUCAAGAAACAGGACAAAAUCAUCACGCUCUAUUAUCUUAGUCUUACUUCUUAUAUAGUAUGUGAAAGCAAAGCUGAGUUUCAAGUCAGCAAGGAGAAAGAAACGGUUGGUUGGUCUGCUUAUAUUUUACUAUUUGUAAGCAAGAUUUUAAGGAGGAAAUAUACUUUACUGGAACUUCAAGAAUUAUUUAUGUCUCCGUGUGAUUUUCUCUUUUGCCUAAUUCUCCAACAGCUACUUGCUGGCAGUAGGGUGAAUGAAGCGGACAAGCAUCGUCAAACUUGCCUGCAUUUGGCAGCAGCUAAUAAUACAGCCUCCAUCAUCAGUGUGCUGCUGGAAAAUGGCAUUGACCCUGACGCUAUGGACGAAAAAGGAAAUAAUGGUAUGAUCGAUGUCUAUUAUUUACUGCCGAUAAUGCUUCGGUAAAAGGAGCAACAAAAACGUUCACUUGUUUCGCAACAUUGCUGCAAAAUAAGUUGAAAAGCGAUGUUGCGCGUUUACCACCCACGUUCAAACCUGUCUUGCAACAAAUCAGGUUGUCGAAGGUUGCGAAAAGUUGUUGCAGAAAGUAAGAGUAGUUCUACUUUUGGUAACAAAAUCUGUACAUGUUUCGCUUUUUUCCGGUCCUUUUCAAACUUGUUUUUGUAGCAAGUGACGUAACUCCUACGUCAUUUAAUCCAAUAAGAAGUCAGUAUUCACGCAACUUGCGGCAACCUUUAUUUAUUGCAAAACAGGUUUGAACGUGGGUGAUAAAACGCUCAACAUUGAUUUUUAACACGUUUUGCAUAAAUGUAGCAAAACAAGUUGCACGCUUUUGUUGCCGAUUUACCGUACAUUGAAAAGCGCCGCGCACAGUCUUAAGGUAUCUUUGGUAUUCGGUACUUCCACAUCGCGCCAUAAUACACUGUUUCCCCUUUCCUUUUCUUUCGCCCUCCCCUCCCCUCCCCUAUCCCUCAAACUUUGCUUAAGCAUAGAUUUUAAUGUCAAUAGGACGUCAAUUUGUCCAAGAACGUCGGGACGUUGUCUCGUUUUAAAAUUUCUUAAAAUGAUUUUAAGUAAUAUCUGAUAUCCCUCAAAAACUUUGUUUAACUGUGACAAUAGACGGAUACCAAUUUUUAUAUCAAUUGGACGUCAAUUUGUCCAAGAACGUCGGAACGUUGUCUCGUUUUAAAAUUUCUUAAAACUGAUGAUUUUAAGUAAUAUCCGAUCUCCGUUUUUUUUAAGUCAAAUAUUUUUUUAUAGCCAAAUAUUUUAUAAAUCUUUUAAACUUACAAUCGUCUCAACAGGUAUUGAAAACAAUGCUCAUGCAAAGUUGGGGGCAAACUUGGUGUCAUAGGAUAUAUGAAAAUGGCGAACUAUGGCGUUUUCAAAAGCAACGUCAACCGCGACGACUACAAGAAAUUCCAAGUCUCGCAUUCCUUGCUAAGACGGAUAAUACACCUCCUCACCUCGUAAUACUUAUUCCAUCGCGUACGACUCUGAUCUAUAUGAAUUUCAAAAUGGCUAUUAAUUUGCACAGUCUAGCAAAUCCGUGGUAAUCACAAACUCCUUUGAGUACGUUGCUUAUAGUAUCCCGUGUUGCUUUGCAGCUCUGCAUGUGGCGGUGCAGUGUGGUCACGUGGAAGCUGUUCGUGUUUUACUCACAGAGUCGUCAAUAAAUGCGGAAGCUUACAAUGCUCGGUGAGUGACUAGGAUACUUUUAGACCCCAUGGCAGAGCUUUUCGAAACCUGAUGGUAAUACAGUCGACUCCCGAUAACUCGAACCCUCGCUAACUCGAUCCAAAAUCGAUUUCCUCAUGGUUUCCUUCAUACCUUUAAUUUUACCCUCGAUAACUCGAACCUCCCGCUAACUCCAAGUAAUUUUUGCUUCCCCUCAGAUCAUUUCUAUAUAAUCUUACCCCCGAUAACUCGAACCAUGUAUUGAGCGCUUAAUAAGUAGGGGGAAAACAGUGUACUAGCGUCCGAAACAUUGAAUUUUGAAUUUCCCAUUGACGUGUUGUAGGCUUAUAGUUCACUAGUGAAGGCUGAUGUUGUUUGUCACAAAUCUAAACAGUAAAACGCAUGCUCUAUUUGGGCUAUAGUUUGUUACAUUACGUUUUGAUUUAUAAUCUAGAAGUCUCUUUCAAUUUUCAGUUAACAUUUCUAUAAGUAAAUGUGAUUAAAAUGUUCACUGUACGGUAAACAAUGGUUUUUUUCUUACUUGUGACUAUUUUCUUGAGCUCCCGAUAACUCGAACCCCCGAUAACUCGAACUUUUUCCUUGAAGGUUCGAGUUAUCGGGAGUCGACUUUAUACUGGCUGUAUGGCUAUAUAUCGGUAUCUGCCGUAUGGGAAUAUGUGUAAUUAUUUAUACUUGUAUUAAUUCUCACGAAUAAUACUUAACGAAAAAAGAAAAAAAGAAUAGCUAAGUGGGAACUAUUUAUUCUAAAACACAGAUUUAAGGAGUGGAUUCGUAACUGAAUCUUUUGGAGAAUUUGUUAUCAGCAAUAUAAUUGAUCGAAAGCAAUAAUUGUUGGUUUACUCCUAAAUCGUAUCAUACGUUUUUCUCGUACGUCAGGGGUCAGAAUCCACUGCACAUUCUUGCACAGUAUGCCAAAGACAAUGCUGUCGCCAUAUUUGAUCUGUUUCGCCAGUCGAUGCCUGAAUAUCCAAUCAACGCUUUGGAUGCAGACGAGAAUAUAGGUAGGUUAACUCUAAACCAAUCAGUCAACCUUUGGCUUUGUUCAAUCUUGAGGGAAAGUUGCUUUACGUGUAUUGUUGUGUAGAAAGCAAGAGAUACACUAACCCACGCAGUUUUGUUGUUGCAUUAGAACUUGCUUUUUACAACCAGUUCAGUCCUUUUUGGGUCGGGUAUCGAGUUCAUCUGUCAGUGGACUUUUAAGAGAGAUGUGUCGCGGCUAUCUCCUCCAUUUUGUAAAUCGCGUCUUCAUUCGCUAUGAAGCUAAACGUUAGCGAAGAAAUUAUUUGUAAAUGUCAAAAUCACGGCUCUUGCUGUAUCAAACAAAUGUCUCCCAAACCUUAUAUCAAACGUUACAAACAACAAAGAGACGAAAAACUCUAACACGCCACCAAAUUUUGAAAAAAAUCCACAAUUGCAGUCUGUCUCAGUCUACUUCAAGUUUGUUCACCCGUACCUUCUUUUGUAGUUGUCAUGUUGUUUAUACUUCUGUAAUCUCUUGAGCGCGUAUUUUUAUGUUCCACUCAAUAUGGUGGCAGUUCUCACUGCCUGAAUUUGAAUAAGUUUCUUGACAUGGCUCGGUCAGCUGAUGUCAUCUACGCAUAGUAAUUGUUCGAUGGUGUCUUUUUUCUUUUCUAGCUCUCUUCCUGGCAUACACUAAUGGCGCCGCACGAUUAUGCCGUGAGCUUUUAAGAGCAGGAGGAAGCCUGGCCACUAUAAAUAAACAUGGAGUGUCGAUAUUCAAUGCUCAAGUGCCGACAAAGAAACUUCUCUACACAUUGCUUGGUAAGAAUAUAACUUCACUGUGUACUUUUCUCAUUAAAUUUAUAAUUUUUAUAUCGUGCGUAAGUAACUGAUAAAAGCAACUGCGCGUAAUUAACUAUGAUUAAAUCGCGUCUCUGGAUUAUUGAUCCUUUAUGUUUCUUUACGUAAUGUGCACAAUAUUUUCAAUCUAGAUAUGCUCAAUUCUGAACCUCAGUGGAUUGACGGACCUGUGUGUCAUGAAUGCAGCAUCAAAUUUUUCAAUCCGGAUUUAAAGAUAUGCGAAUAGUUAGACAAUUCUGAACCUCAGGCUUUGGAGUUUGGGACCCCCGGACCAAAGCUACCUUUUACUUCUCUUUGUGUGUCAAAAAUGCCAGCAUCAAAUUCGAAUCCGUAGCCCACUAAAACCAGCAAAACGAUUCAGCCGCCAUUGUUUUGUUUUUUCAAAGCCUUGUCGAUUUAAAUGGAAUUUAUAAACCAAUCAGAACGCAGCAUUGAUAAUAGACCACCGGUUGGGUUUUAUUAAUACUAGUUAGUCCUCUUUGCGGUGAUUGCAUCUGCAGAAUUCAAAAGAACUUGGACAUUAAAUAGAGAAAUUUAGGGCCAAUUAUCAUGAAGGCAAAAGAAUAACUUCAUUUGCCAUCCUUUUGGUUUAAAGUGUAUGAUUAUAGUAAUGAAGCGAUUAGACUAUAGCAUAGUGCAAUUCAAGGUUUUUUGGCAAGUAGGUUUUCCGUUGUGUUGUUUGAUUUUACAUCUAACACCAUCUUUAUUUCGUUUAUUUUUAUAGCCGCCACUGUGGGCGUCUUUUGUGUGCCAAGUGCUCAUCAAAACAGGUUCCUAUCAUAAAAUACGAGUUAAAUAAACCAGUCCGAGUUUGUGACGUAUGCUUCGAAAUGCUGACUUCUGGACCAAGCUAGUAUUUCAGGAUCUCAGAGACUAGAAUGUUUAAGAUUUAUAGCAAUGGUAACUCCACUCAAUUAGGUGUAACCUUCCAGCCUGUUUAUGCAAUUUUUUUUUCAAAACCUUCGUUUCUGAUCGUUUUAGCAGGGACGCAAGACAAAAAUGCACUAAAAAGUGCGGUAGCCAAUACCUCUGGUAGAAAGCAUGAAUUCUAGUGAUCUCAAUCUCGCAUAACAGGCAUAAAUACCAAAUUUUUGGUAAAUAGUUUUUGGUCUUUUUUUUUUGUUUAGUCUUCAAAGGAGAUUUCGAUGGGGCUCCUCUUUAUAGACCUGUUCCAAUUGAAACUGAGGAAGGGAGCGAGAUUAGUGAAUCAUCCUACUAGAAAAUUAUAAUAAUGCCAAAAAGCAGUACAGAAUAAUCAGUAAGUCACUAAAUCUGCGAUUAUUGCCCCUUCUCACUAUGCUUGAGCCCCACAUGCAUACUGGUCUUAUGGUUUUAGUAAUGAUUAACUGAAACAUUAGAGAGCUUUAAAUUCUGAGACGAGGACGACUACGAGUACGAGAUUUUCUGAAUACUGAGUAUUGCUCAUGCGUGAGCCAGCGUCAUUUUGGCGGGAAAACGUAACGGCCGUCGUCACUCUACUACGAGUUUUAGCGAGAAUGUCGUAGUGGCGGCAACAAGUUAUCAAAUGUAAGAAGUUUUACCAUUCUGCUAUCGGGAGAGGGCUUAACCUCCUUCAGUAUAAAUAACCGUACUAACAUUUUUGGUGAAAACAAGUAAAAUGAAGCUUUCCGGGGUGUC